CAUUUGUCCUCAUUUAGCUGCAGGCGUGCUCCCCUCUUUGCCCCUCCUUUCCCCUCUGCUGGAAUUAGUGCCCGAUGAUUAGAGAAAACGGGGAGGCUGGCGUGAAGGACCACGGGAUUGGGACGGCAAACUCAGCCAGAGCUGGUUUAUUUCUGUGCCGCAGGACUGUAAGAAACUCUCUGUUUUCUAUUAUAACUGGUUUCUAAGUCAAACCUUUGGACCCCAUACCUGGAGUUACAAACACAACUGGAGUCAGACUCAAACCUCAGCUGAAUCUCUUGAGCUGCACUGGUGUUUCUGGGACCUCUUAAGACGGAGGGGGGUGAAGCCACUACACUGACUCAAGUCCUCUCUGUGCCUGAUGACCUCAGCCCAGAGGAGCGACAGGAGCUGGAGAGCAUUCGCCGCAGAAAACAAGAACUACUGCAGGACAUACAAAGGCUGAAGGAUGAGAUAGCAGAGGUGACCACUGAGAUAGACAAUCUGGGCCAGACUGAAGAAAGGAAAAGUAUGCAGAGGAAUAAACAGAUGUCUAUGGGGCGGAAGAAGUUUAACAUGGAUCCCACAAAGGGGAUUCGCUUCUUGAUUGACAGUUCGCUGCUGAAAAACACAAGCGAAAGCAUCGGCCAGUUUCUCUACAAGGGAGAGGGUCUCAACAAAACGGCCAUCGGUGACUACCUGGGCGAGCGAGAUGACUUCAACAUCAAAGUUCUGCACGCCUUCCUGGAGUUGCACGAGUUCUCGGACCUGAACCUGGUUCAGGCUCUCAGGCAGUUCCUGUGGAGCUUCAGGCUGCCCGGGGAGGCCCAGAAGAUCGAUCGCAUGAUGGAGGCGUUCGCCCAGCGAUACUGUCACUGCAAUCCUGGCGUGUUUCAGAGCACGGAUACCUGUUAUGUGCUGUCGUUCGCUGUGAUCAUGUUGAACACGAGUCUACACAACCCUAACGUGAAGGACAAACCCUCGGUUCAGAGAUUCACGGCGAUGAACAGAGGUAUCAACGAUGGAGGCGACCUGCCAGAAGAUCUGCUCCGAAACCUGUACGACAGCAUAAAGAACGAACCCUUCAAGAUCCCGGAGGACGACGGCAACGACCUCACGCACACUUUCUUCAACCCCGACAGAGAAGGCUGGCUCCUAAAACUUGGUGGACGAGUGAAGACCUGGAAGAGACGCUGGUUUAUUCUCACGGAUAACUGCCUGUACUACUUUGAAUACACCACUGAUAAAGAACCCAGAGGGAUUAUCCCACUGGAAAAUCUGAGUAUCCGGGAAGUUGAGGACUCCAAAAAACCAAACUGCUUCGAGCUCUACAUCCCCAACCACAAAGAUCAGGUGAUCAAGGCUUGCAAGACGGAGGCAGACGGGCGCGUUGUCGAGGGAAACCACACGUUUUACAGGAUCUCUGCUCCGACCACAGAGGAGAAAGACGAAUGGAUGAAAAGCAUCAAAGCCGCCAUCAGCAAAGACCCGUUCUACGAGAUGUUGGCUGCCCGGAAGAAGAAAGUGUCCUCCACGAAGGGGAUGUAGAGGAGAAACCGUCCCACCAGCGCAGGCUUGCUGGAGGUGGACCUGUGGAAUUGGACCUGGUUCAGAGGAUCCAGCUGUCACAGAGGCUCCUCUUUCGUUACUCUCUGACCAGAUUUACCUUCAGCCUCACGUUUACUUUCCGUACUGAUGGAGGCAGUCGGAGACUUCUUUCUAGCUCCACAAUCGUGACCUUUGGAAAGCGCCGUCUCUGCAGUACCGGUGACGCUGCGCCCUCCCAUGAAGACUCCCACUCAUGACAAUCUGCUGUAACGACGAGCCGAAGGCCUUUUUCUCACGCAGCGUCCGGUCUGGUGCAGUACGCUGAGCUUCUCCGCACAUUUCUUCAGGAACAAUCAACUCUGCGUUGGUUGGACUUAAAACCACAAGCUG